AUGGAGACAAUACUGAAGCGUGGGGCCUCGUUUCCGAACUGGUCUCAAUAUCCCAUACCGCACUUCGAAUUAUCUGCCUCAGGUCUUCUUGCGCUUGCAGAUCUUGGUACCAUUGCGAAUCGUACUAAGCUUGUGGGGGGCUCGUCAUGGCUCGACGCGCUACUGCUCGCUCCCGGCCUGCACUAUCAACAGGCUGCGGAUGCCCUGAACGGCCACAGCGAGUCUUAUAGCGCCGUCGAACUAUACGAGGGUCAAACAUCCACGUAUAACAUCACGAAUACGGCCAUGCAGCAGUAUCUCGAACGUGUCGGGUUGGCUGGACGGAAGGUCACGGUAGACGUCGGUAUGAUGCCGGAGCGGAACUAUUACUUCGGAAGACGGCGGCGGAGCCCUGGCCAGCGUGGUACCAUCUGGAGAGACCAAGGCGCCGACCUGGGCUGGCUGUCUCACGUGCUGUAUCUCGCAAGCCCUGUGUUGACCAUAACAGCCUUCAUAUUUAUGAUCCUGCUCCGCGAAUGGUGGGGUGUGGCGUCCCUCCUAGCUCUAAUGGUCUCCCGCCUCUUCAACAUUUGGGUAAUCAAGCGCCGCUCGAAACCUCCCGAGAACCCACCGCCGAAACCUGACGUCAGCAAGCUUCUGACCGAGUAUCUCGUUGACCUGGGACAUGGACGGUCCGUGUGCCUCCGUGGUAUGGCCGAGGAUCUUCAAGCCGUCACCACGACGUCGUGGCUACGUGCGAAGACACAUCUCGACGGCUACCUCGAAGCGGCCGCUAAGUUGAUUGUCUAUUGCGUCGCCGCCUUCAGCGGCAACAUGACGCAAGUCGGGUCUAUUAUCUUCAUGGCUCUAUUGCUCGUGACGGCUGGCCUACUGGGUCUUAGCAACGCCCAUGCUAAAACAUUCCGCAUGCACGGCCGCCUGGCUACGCCGACGGUGGACCACUUGCCCCGUAGAUCAGAUAGCACGCUGCCUUAUCCCACGGACACCGAUAGUAGGGGCGGAAGUAUGUCGUGGCCGGCCACCAGCACGAGAGAGUCGAGCGGUCUUUCGGGUAUGGACGAUUUCGCUGAGAAGGGGCAGAUCGGAGGUAUUCUGAGGGACCGGUAUCCUUUUGACGACUCGAUGGAAUUUAAGUGA